CACAUAUUUACCAUGUUUCAGUUCUAAAAGUACAGGCAUAUACUAAGGUUUAAGAAGCAUCAACAACAGUAACUGUGUGCAGAUUCCUAGGGUUCAACAUGUUGGGGUCGGUUUUCUCCGUACUGCUCGUUUUAACCCUGCAAACCCAUGACAGGUCAGUGGAGGGUCUGGAGCAGCGGGCGUAUGACUACACCAAGUACCACACCAUGGAUGAGAUCUUGCAGUGGAUGUGGACGAUGGAGAAGGAUCAUCCUGACGUGGUUACCAGCGUCAUCUACGGAACCACGUAUGAAAAGAGGAACAUCACACUGCUGAAGAUUGGUCUGAACAGUACCAAGCCGAAGAAGAUAAUCUGGAUGGACUGUGGGAUUCACGCUCGAGAAUGGAUCGCUCCGGCUUUCUGCCAGCACUUUGUGAAGGAGAUCCUGGGCUCCUACAAAACAGACUCAAAGAUCAGCGAGAUGUUGAAAAAUUUGGACUUCUACAUCACACCAGUGCUGAACAUGGACGGAUAUUUGUACUCGUGGAAAGACAACACGACGCGAUUAUGGAGGAAAACAAGGUCACCUGGGUCUGAAAACUGCACGUGUUUUGGCACGGAUCUCAACCGCAACUUCUAUGCUAACUGGGGAAUGGUGGGAAUUUCCAGAAACUGCUGCUCGGAGAUCUAUAAUGGAAAGUCUCCUCUUUCGGAGCCUGAGGCCCAGGCAGUGACGGACUUCCUAAGCACCAAUCGCGACAACAUCCUAUGCUUCCUCACCAUCCAUUCGUACGGCCAGCUGAUCCUGCUGCCUUACGGGCACCCCAACAUCACCGCCCCCAAUCAAGACGAGCUGAUGAAAGUGGGUCUGGCUGCAGCAGAGGCCAUUAAAGCUGUUCACGGUAUGAGCUACACAGUGGGAACGCCUCCUGAUGUGCUGUACCCCAAUUCGGGCUCGUCCCGUGACUUUGCACGUCUCAUCGGCAUACCGUUCUCCUUCACGUUUGAGCUCCGUGAUAAGGGAGAGCACGGCUUCAAGCUGCCGGAGGACCAGAUCCAGCCCACGUGUGAGGAGGCGUAUCAGGGUGCAUUGUCCAUCAUCACGUACGUCCACGAUAAAUCCUACGUCCGUGCGGCGGCUACGAGCAUUGCAGCUACACUGUGGAGCGUUGUCAUGGCUGUGUGGCUCUCUAGCGCCACCGUCUGACCUCGUACCUGAACUGUAAUCAAUCACAUAGGUUAAAUAACCUGGUUUAUUCUAUUAUUAUCUCCCCAGUUACUCCAAAAUGGCUGUCAUUACUCAGAUAUUAUAAACAACACUCUGGACAUACAGUGUUGAUGGUGCAAUUUUGUCUGAAAAAUUAAAAUUUUUAGAGACCUGUGUGAAUUUUGACUUUUUUUUCUGAUAAUAAUAUUAACACAUGACAUUUGGAAAAUAUCCAUCCAUCCAUCCAUCCAUCCAUCUUCUACCGCUUACUCCUUCUUCAGGGUCGCGGGGGAACCUGGAGCCUAUCCCAGGGAACAUCGGGCACAGGGCGGGGUACACCCUGGACAGGGUGCCAGUCCAUCGCAGGGCACAAUCACAUACACACUCACACACCCAUUCAUACACUAUGAACACUUUAGACACGCCAAUCAGCCUCAUUUGGAAAAUAUUUUCCAUAAUAAUCACAAAGUAAUUAAAGCUCUUGUAAUAAUAUUCUAUGUUAAAAUGAUCACAGUAAACAUUACAGGGUUUUGUAAUAUUCUCUAAUGAUGAUUUAUACCUUCCAUAAAAAUGACCA